UGCAUGGAAAUUUUCGCGACUAUAAUUUCAUUGGAAAAAGCAGUAGACGUUCGAGUCCAGAGCUUCGUUGUAGUCGACAACUUGUUUGCUAGUGUGCAAAAAGUAAAAGGAUGCUUCUCUCCGCUCGUUCCGCUUUGUCUGCCCGUCAGUCCGAUCUGAAGAUAGGAAAACCGGUCAAGGCGAGGACUCAUCAUCGACAGCAGCAACAUCAUGUCACGACUACUGCUACUACUACUACUUCCAGAGAGGCGAGGGACGAGAGGCUUUGCUCCGAGCAGAGGCUUUCUGCUGGGGAACAGUGUCGGCCACAGUGUGGCACUCAAGAACAAUCUCGGCCACUGUGCAUCCGACCCUUACAGAUCGGCGGUUGGCGUGAUGCUCUGCUCGAUGGCGCGGAUGCUCCGAGUCUUGUACUGUUGGGUUCGCGUCCGUGGUUGGAGCGCAGUGUAGAUUUCCUACUGCUGCAUCUGGCAACCAUCUUCGAGGUGCGGGAGUCGGGCGUGUACUUGCUAGUAGACGGAGAGCUUUCCUCCGAUUUGCAGACGAUGCGAGAGAAACUUCUGCCACCGGAACUAGGGUUAAGACCCUUUUUGGAAGUUCGUUCAACCAACUGGAGGAUGUAGAUCUUCAUACUGGAGAUCUUCGUUUCUAAAAUUCUUCCAACUGGAGGAUGUAGAUCUUCAUACUGGGAUAUUUAUGUUUUACAGUAAGUACUUAAAUCAUGUCAAGUUCUAACGGGAGAAGACGGACGUGGAAAGAUGACGAAAAGCCGCUGCUGGAGGAGGCAGGUAUCGAUGUUGUAUGAUACGUUCUUCUCAGAAGGUACAAAGAGGCUGAAGGACCUCAUUACUACUUGACCAUGUAGUGCCCGAGGUAACAUGACAUGACAUGACUACAAUCCUCACACUCCUGAAUAUCGGUGGUCCUGCUCCUGUUUUGCCCUGUCAUCCUUCGCUUUAUCUGUUGAACGCCAUGCAUGCAUGCAAAGUACUGCAAGGAACCAACUGGACUUACACGUACACGUAUCGUUGGAGAACAUUUUAGCCAUAGCUUUGUCUUUGUGUCUGUGAAAUGUUUGCUUUCUCUGCGCCCACCGCUGCUGGUGCGUCGAACUAAUCGAAAAAUUUGCAAUUGGAAUUGUAAUCUUCGUGAAGAGAUCUCUUUCUCCAAGGUCCGUCCGAAUUGCGGUAUUCGAGACGGCGGCGUCAGCGUUUACUGCAUCCUUUGGCAGGGAUUUGAGACUCCAGUACUGCCCACGGCUAUCAUUGCUGGACGUUUUAGUCUGUAUGGUGAGUCGUCGCAUCCUGCGCUUGACCGCGUACGAAGUCGGGAGUCCGCAGGAGCGAAGAAGAGGAACGUCGUCAGCAAAGAGGAGGAACGACGUUUCAUCACACAACUCGAGGAGCUCUUGAGGCAGGACGUGGGGGAAGAACAAGAUGUUGUUUCGCAGGAUGGCGAGCGGGCGUCAAGCAGUUCCUUUGCCGGAUCUUCUAUUAAGGCAGUUGAAAUACAACCAGGAAGCAUUUAUUUAUAUUUUGGAUGACAAAUUUAAUGGUGUAGUUUUACUUUUACUAUUAAUGAAGAGAUUCGGUACUGCUACUGGCAGUAUGACGACCAAGAUGGGAUUAGGAUUGGCGGAUGCUCUAAAAACUGUACUGCACUAACGUCAACGUCGGGCACCAUUCCCGGAAAACCGAAUCGAAAGCAGACCACACGAAAAUCAAUUAUGAGGAGACGAAGUAAUAGCGUAGUUUACUAGUGGAUGUUGCACUUUUUCUUAAAAGUCAGUGAGGCGAUUUUUUCUCCAAGUCGACGAAAGACAUGAUAGCAAGAGCGUCGAGGCGUAGUGGGUUAUUCGUCUGAAUAGAUAAAUCUUCGGACGAGAAUCCUUGUCGUACGUCUAAUAGGACUGACCCUACUACCGCCCGAGGAACGCCACCCUGGCGUAAUUACGGAAAUGCGGAGGUUUCGUCCAAUAGCAGAGAAGCGGUUUUGCGGGAGUUGAGGAGCCGAGGGGAGCGGGUCGCGAUGUUGCGUCGCAGUGUGGCGGAGCUGGAGUCGAAAGUAGAAGCCUACAGACUUCGGCCAACAAAAGUCCAUAGGCUAGAACUGCUGAAAAAACACGGAUAUCCUCGUUUAUCUGCUGGCCCAACCUCAUCGUCUUUAUCUCGACAAGCAGAACAGCCUGUGUUAGCACGUAGCACAAGCGGGCGUGAGCUUCCAGACCGGGGACAACAUCAUGUGAAUAUGAAAGGAGGAAAAAUUGUAGGGGAUGAAGAAGGAGAAGAAGAAGAAUCUCAACAGGUACUACAUCAACGAAUACCUCAACAAGCACCACAACAGAAUGUCCAAGUUUUGCCAUCCUCUUCCAAGAACAGUGUAGCAGCAUCCGAAGUGGCCAAGGCGAUGAGUACAGUCCAGUCGGAGAGCAAUUUUUCAGAGAACGGGUCAUCUAUUAAGAAUUACUUAAUACUGUGAUUGCUCACCUUGAAGAGCUUCGUGUUCUUCUGUGGUGACCUUUUCAUCAAGGGAAAGAAAACGUGUCAAAGAUGAGUUUCGAUUCGAAUUGCCGUGAGCUCUAACUCUAGUGCACGAUCCACCUACUCGAAGCAGGAAGCCGAGCGUCUCUUCUGGAACGACUGGGGAGAUAAUUCUGACCUGCCUCCCGAUUUACCUCACGUCGAGCAAGGGAGAAACUCCGUCGGAGGUAGUUCGCCGAACGGGCAUCUUCGUGAGAACCAGUAUUGUCCAGACUACAGGGAGUACGAGCAGCGGACACAACGAUCGAACGGGAACAAGGAUACGACUACGACCUCCGCUGUGCUGCUCUCCUCGAACGUCACGAAUGUUGCGACACCACAAGAAGUAGCAGUGAAGACUAUGGGUGGUGAGUCUGAGUACGUCGGUCCCCCUGACAGCGGCGCUGUAUGCACUAAUGAAAUGGACAGCAUGCUGCAAGAAAGUCCGCCAAUGGACGUGAUAUCGGCGAACAGUCAACAUGCAGCAAUACGUCGUGAAGAGACUGAGACUGUUGUAGGCGAGCAUACUGGUGGUCGUGAAGGGAAGCAGGACGAGCAACUCCAGCAUGGGCUGGAUGAGAACGAUGAGCCACUGAGUCGCGAAGAGGUCCACUUUUCAACAUACCAGGAGCAUCAAGAAGAUGAGCGCAGUAUUAGGGAGGUUCAACCACAGCAAGAUGAGGAGGACUUUUACGCCGAUCAAAGGGACCAUGAUCCUGACGACGAUAACGAAGGGUCUAUCGCUUACUACCGUGAGCAGAUGGAGUUAGUGUGUGAUGAAAAUGAUGAAGAAGACCCUGGGGAGUACUUCGUCGACGAACAGGGUAAUGCGUGCUUCGUUGACGAGCAAGGUAGGGAGUACUUCGUCGAUGAACAAGGUGCUCGAGUGUAUUUCGUGGACGAGGACGGGCGACAAGAAUACUUUGUUGAGGACGCAGAGGAGCUGGAGCGAGAGGAGGAAGAAGCACGACUAGAACCAGCGGGUGGCCCAGAAAUGAGACAUGAUUUUCGUGAGGUUAUGGCUUCCAGUGAUGGGCCGUCUGAACCUGAUGAACACGUCAUCCGCGAUUCAGAUGUUGAACUUCUAGAUACGUGAAAACCCUCGAAUCAAUCUGCGGCUGUACAGCGUGUUUUUGAAGAUGUUGUAAAAUACUGUUUCAUGAACAUCAUGCGGACUUGUUGAGAGGCUUAACAUAGUUCAAACUGUCAAGUUUGCUGUCAGCUGACGGGCAUUUCCUCUUCACCAGAGGAGAAGAGCAGGCAC